UAUUGUCAACAUAACUUAAGGACACACAAGUUUCCUUGUGUGUCCUUAAGCAAGUUGUGUAUUGUUUUAUGAUUCACUUUCCUGGGGCCUCAGAGCAAGAAAAUGGUUUUGGAUGUUGGGACAUGGGAGCAGACAUUUCAAGAACUGAUCUGGCAGGAGAAACCCCAGGCAAGAUGGACCCUGAAGAUGGAUGGGAACCUUCGGCCAGACUGUGCAGCCCCAGGGUGGAAGCAAUACAAGCAGAGAGCAUUUGGCAGGUUCUGUUGUUCCUCAUGCCGUCGAAGCUGGCCUUCCGCCCAAGUGCAGAUCCUAUUUCACAUGUACCUGGAGCACCAGAAGUCCCAGGGAAAGGUGCUUGUGCGGCUCUUUGGUCAGAGGUGCCGGAAGUGUUCCCAGUCUCAAUUUGAGAAGCCUGAGUUCUCCCUGGAUAGCACCAAGAGGAUUCUGAACAACCUGGUGCAGCGUAUUCUGGAGAGAUUCUACAGAAAUGGCACCAAGAAGGUUUUGGAGAUACCAGUGAUCCGGGAGGUGCCUUUUGUUGGGCACCAUGAUACGGUCAAUUGUGAGGCAUGUGCUCUGGGCUUCUGUAUACAGAACUUACAUAACUGCAUGACAGAGCCAGCCAAAUCCUCUCUCUCCUACAUGAAGACUGGGAGCUCCUCUCCUCACCCUGGUGACAUGUGUGGCCAAAACCAAGCUAGGAACCAGUCAGCUGAGGCAAAGGAGACUCAGGGAAGUGGGUAUUCCUGCACCCAUAAAGGCCCAGGGCCCAGCCAUGCCACUGCUGGGAUCCAAGGGCCUGGGGCAGGCCCUCAGCUCAAACGGGAGACAGGCCGACUGCUCACACCAGGGGCAUACUGGCAGGCUGCACGGGGAACAGGCCCACAGCCCAUCCGAGUAGCAGGAUCACUUCCCCCAGGGUGGACAGACCCACGGCCCAGACAAGCAAUAGGUCCAUUACCUAAAGGGUUGGCACGUUCACAAUCCACACUGGGGACAGGACCACAGACCCCCCGGCUGACAUCUUCUCAGGCUAUAAAGAUGUCAGGCCAGCAGUUGACACAGGAUGCACAAGCCACCCAAGGGGCAGGUCGUCAGGCCACAAAGGUGACAGACCCACAGCCCACACGGGGGACAAUCCCAAGGGCCACAUCAAGGUCAGACACUCAGGCUACAAGGAGGGCAGGCCCCUCACCACUGGGGUCAAACUCACAGCCCACACAGGGAACAGGCCCCACGGCUACAUGUAGGAACUUCAGUGAAAGUCAAGCUCCCUGGGGCAGGCAGGAGAGGUGCUCACCUAGAGGGUCUGCUCGAGACAGCUCUUUCAGAUUACCUCCUUCAACGUUACCAAAUAAUUCCUUGAACCAGGAGCAGCGGUUCAAUUGGGGCUAUGUCUGUGUUGUUGCUCUGUUUACCUUUCUUCUAUGUAAAUACCUAUAAGUAGAAUGAUGAAAAAAGACUUGUCUUCUCUUGUCUUAAUUCCAUGGUAAUCAAUGAACUGGAUGCCAUUUUAAUAUGACAGAAUUUGCUUUGGGACCAAUGCAGGGUCAAAUUUAUAGAAUAAGAACUGGUUCCUGGACCUCUUUUGCAGAUAGUUUAAAACAUGACCUGGCAGAUUAAUAAAUAUUUGUUAAAUCAUUAAAAGAUUUUUACUCACGCAUUCACUCAUUCAUUGAUAUCAAUAUAUAGAGACCAUAUCUUGACAAGAACUGAGGGUCCUGAGUUUCAUCAGAAAGUUAUUGUAGUAGGCUGAAUAAUGGUUCCCCCAAAAUGCCCAUGUCCUAAUAUGUUACUUUACACGGCUAAAGGGACUUUUCAGAUGCGACUAAUUUAAGGAUCUUGAGAUGAGGAGAUUAUCUUGUGUUAUCCAAAUGGGCCAAAUGUAAUCACAUGGGUUUUUAUAGGAGGGAGGCAAGAGGGUCAACGUCAGAAAAAGGAAAGUUAACUAUAGAACCAGAGGUUGAAGUGAUGUGCUCUGAAGGUGGAGGAAGGGGUCACAAGCCAAGGAGUGCAAGCAGCCUUUAGAAGCUCAUAACGGCAAAGAAAUAUAUUCUCCCCUAGAGCCCCCAGAAGGAACCAGCUCUGCUGACAUAUGACUUUAGCCAAGUGAGGCUGAUAUUAGACUUCUAACCUCCAAAACCAUAAGAAAGUAAAUUUAUGUUGUUUUAAGGCACUAAAUUCAUGGUAAUUUGUUACAGCAGCAACAGGAAAUUAAUACAGUUAUCAGUAUCACUGCAGGGAUCAGGCAGCUAUGUUUUGGGUAUGCUUUAGCUUUAACAACAACAAAAAAGAGUAUAGAUUAGAAAUAUUGACAUACACAUCCCCUCUUGUUCUUUUUUCUCUCCUACAUAAACCCACCCAAAUAGCCCCAUCCUAAAGAGAUUUUCUAAAGCAUCAUCAAAUCAUAGGGAAUCUAUUUAGAAUGGAGGUAUUUGGGUGGGCUUAAGUAGUUUGGUGACCCUUGGAGCUAUCAUAUUCUCUCACUCCUUCUAGCAUUGGAUUGGGAAUCAUGUAAGAACGUGCCAGUCCUGAGAUCUUGUGAUGCAUAGCUUCAUCUUUCACUCUCUCUUUCCAUCUGUCUGCUAGGCAUUUCUACAUGGUUCUCGUACUACCACCUCUACCUUCCCACAUUCAAAAUCAAGCUCAUCAGCAUCUCUGACUUUCUUGUUCAACUCUGCCCUAGUCACUCAAGCUUAUCACCUUAGAGUCAUUUUUAACUUCUCCUCCUUUUCACCAAUGCUUAUUAUCCCUUCUUUUGUCAAGUUGCUCCCAUCUCUUGCCACUAGGUUUUCCUAUCAACCCCUCUCCCCAAACAGUUCAGGGACUUGGAUUAUUGAAAUAAUGAGGAGAUUUGGAUUUUACCUCAUAGGCAGUGGGGAGUCAUUGCAAGGAUUUGAGAAUAUGGGCAAUUUGAGUAGAAUAACAGUUUAAAAAUAUUAUCUCUUUCUGGAAAAGAAUGGAAUAUAGGAUAGAACCAGUUAGGAUUCUGGCUUGAAAUAGGAGAGUGGUAAACACAGAGAGGGGUUCUUGUAGACAAUAAAUAUCUUGAAGGAAUUUGAAGACAAUGAAAGGCAAGAUGGCAGAAAACCCAAGGAUGAAAACACUUCCUUCUUUUCUGGCCAUCUCUUUUCAUUGCCUCUCAGGCCACUCCCAUCAGCACUCUCCAUUUAUAUAUGCCCCCAUCCCCAAACCACUUUACUAAAUGUCUGCAUUCCUCCUGUUUUCAUACCUUUUUGCUUCUUUCAUAAAGAACAUACACAUGAGGACUAGAGACUUUAUUUCUGUCUUGGUUAUGAGAUAUGACUGGUGCAGGUCAUUAUCCCCCCCUGACCCUCAGUUUCUCCAUCUGUAAAAUAGGUUAAUGACUUCUAAUUAAACAUAGAGGAUUGAACACAUGCAUUUCCUUCUGAUCACUCUUGAAAUCCCACUGCGUGACAGUAAAAGGGGGGGAAAAAAGCAUCAAUUCACAAGGCAAAGAGCAUGGGUGCAAGCUACAAAACAGAUGGAUUAGUGAUGGGUUACUGACUUGCAGAGAGAUCUGGAAUACAAGUUAGGCAAAGGAAAACCAAGGUGCAAGGCAAUUGAUGUGGCACAAUUUCAUAAAAGUUCAAAAACUGUAGGCAACAAGUAGCUCUGAAGGUGGGUGUUAGGAAGCCUGAAGUGGAAGGAUUGGUUGAAAGCCUUUAGAAAAAGUUCCAUUUCCCCACUCCGAUGCAGCCUUGUACCCACUCUUAACUCAUUCCAGGGUGAGGAAUGGAGGUUUAUUCUCCGAAGACAUUGACCCAGAGGGACUCUGGGUUUAGGAACUUGUGCAUAGUUAAGGGAGGGGGUACCAACCAGCAAUCAGAAAGUCUACAUACUGACUAGAGGCACUCCCUUAGCCCACUACCAAAUCUAGGAGCCAGCAUUAUAUCCUACUAACCCUCCCCUCAAAUACACAAAGAAUGGACAGUUCCUCAUUAGGAAAACUGAUCAGUUCAAGAGAGAGAAAAAAAUACAUAUACUGAAAUCGGGGAAGGGGGUUCCUCCAAUGGAAUGACCAACUCAGAUCAUAUAGUACUGUAGUACAUAUUUAUUGAAAAAAAAUUUGCGUAUAAGUGGACCCAUGCUGUUCAAACCCAUGUUGUUCAAGCGUCAACUGUAUAUGUAAACUACUAGAAAUAAUAAGGGGAAAAAUUCUGUAUGCAAGGAAAGUAAGACGUGUUUUUGGCUAAGAAAAGGUAUGAGAUAUGGAGAUGCAUUUUUGUUAAUGGAAAAGAAAGUAAAUUUGUCCUAAAGUAAUACUGAUUAUUUCAGAAUUGAAAAGAGGACAACAGAAAAAUAGAGGACAAAUUAUGGACAUAUCUAUAUCUGUAACUAUAGAGAGAGAGGGAAAUUAAGCAUGAGCAUGGGAAAUUUUACCUUGUCUAAUCAAGCUGGCUAAAAUUGAAUUGUUAUUAAAAGUGUUUCUUAAAUAAGCCUUAAUAUUAAUAGUGUACUUAUAUAAAACUAAAACUUGAUUUUUUUUUCAUAUACUGAAAAGACAAAGUUUUACUGGACUGUUGGUCUGCUCCUGAUAAGAGACUGUGAAAGGUUUUUCUUUACCUAUUAAAUAACCUUCCUAAAAAACAGAAGUUCUGUGUUUUAUCAAAAUAAUUUCCUGUGCUUCAUGUCAUCUUAAUCAGGUCUUUGGUAACUUAAGAAAAAUGAAUCUUCUCAAUAUUAAGAGUGAAGUUUUGUUAACAACUAUGUAACAUUCUAUAUUUGCCUUUGAAACACUUUACUGUCACUUUGUCACAUAGAUUAUUAAGUAUUGUUUAUUAAUAAUCUGGGAUCCUAUUUAGUCAAGUAUCCAAACCUUUUGAUAUUUUUCACAAACUUCCCAAAAUUAAAUUCUAAAUAAAGUCUUUUUGACCUCGAACUAAUUUGGGGAUUUCCCAGAGGGCCCCUGGAACAUCUCAAAAGAUUUGUUCUCUCUUUUUUUUUAAAAAAAAUUGAUGUAUAAUUGUUUUACAAUGCUAUGUUAGUUUCUGGGGAACAGAAGAGUGAUUUAAUUAUAUAUAUAUAUUCUUUUUCAUAUUUUUUUCCAUUAUGGUUUAUUACAGGAUGUUGAAUAUAGUUCCCUGUGCUAUAC